ACUCAGUUCAUUUACAAAUUGCUGUUUAUUAAAGGAUAGAAUAUGUUUUUGAUUGUUGUCCAUAAUUUUCAAUGUAGUUGUUAGAAUUAUUACCUAUACCUAUUGUAUCAUUAACCCUAUGUGUAGGGGGUUGAGUGUGGGAAACUACCUACUGCCAUAUCUACUGUUGCAUGUAAUCAUGCCUAGUAUCUUAGAGUAGUCUUUUCAUAUCUUUUCAUAUGUACGUGCUUGCUUCAUUAUAAAUAGAAGAGGAAGAGAGUGGAACUGUUGUCCACUACUCAUAUUUUAAAGUCUCAGUCUCAAGUUGGUAUCAGAGCGGGUCGAUCCCGCUCUGGUUUCCGUCUGGUCUGUCCAUUGGCACUUGUUGCCAUCGUCCGCGGCUGUCCGCCGCUAUUCGUCACUGUUAAUCACCGUCUGCAGCUGUUCACUGCCAUAAAACACUAUCCAAAGCUACCCACUGUCACUGUUCACAAAACCGUCGCUGUCUGUCACUGUUCCGCCGCAGUCCGCCACUGUUCGCCGCCGGCCGCCGUCUCCGGCCACCUCAGUUUUCGCCGGCGACCACUGGAUCUGGAGCGCCUCUCCGAGCGACAGCCAACCCCACCGGUGCCGGAACCAGCCUCCCGUCGACGCGCCGCCACGCGCCGCUUCUCUCUCCGCUGCGAACAGGCGCGUGCAGCCCACGCGCCGCCUUCUGCUGCUCGGAACCUCACGGCGCCACCUCCGUAGCUCUCGCCGGAGUCUUCUGCUGCUGUUCCAACCCUCAAAACUCCGAUUCAGUAAGGUCCAGACGUCACCAUUGCGGACAUCUCCCUCAGUCGUUUAAAAAUCUCCACUGUUUUUUUGCGUUUCUGCGUUUCUGCUCUCUGUUUUUUUGUUCCCUUGAUCAGAAAUGGCCUCUGGAAGUGUUAUUUCAUUCUCUGGAAGUCCUUCCAUUACUUCCGAGAAGCUAGAUGGACAAAAUUACCUCUCUUGGUCCGCUGCUGUCGAGAUGUGGUUCCUUGGUCAAGGACAUCAUGACCACCUUGAGAAAGACGGAAGCCAUGUGCCUCGAGAAAAAGCCGAACAGUGGAAGCAAGCAGAUUUUCAAUUGUGUGCCUUGUUGUGGCAAUCCGUGGAGCCGAGACUAUUAAUGUCUCUUAGGGCAUUCAAAACAUGUCACUCGUUUUGGAAGAGGACUCAGAAUAUCUAUGCCAACGAUAUCCAACGCCUAUAUGAUUCGGCGGACAAGUUGGCAUCUCUGAAAAUGACCAAUCAUGACAUGAUCUCCUUCAUGAAUGAAGCACAAUCAGCCGUGGAAGACCUGCGGAUGUUUCUCGAAGUCGACGCUUCAGAUGAAAUGAAGAAGAAGCUGGACAAAUACUAUAUGGUGAUGAUUCUUCGCGCCAUUCAUCCAGACUUCAAUCACAUUAGAGAUCAACUGUUGACCUCUCAUGAGGUCCCUUCCAUGGACACCCUGAUCCAGCGUAUGAUUCGUGUCCCGAAAGUCCCAACACUUGAAAUUCAAGAAUCUCAUGCUCGAGUAGAUUCAUCUGUUAUGGCCGCUACUCGAGGAAGAGGAGGACGUGGACCUAGAGGAGGUGGACGUGGAGGCCGUGGACGUCUUCAAUGCACGUAUUGCAAGAGGAUGGGUCACACUCAAGAAAACUGUUACUCCUUACAUGGAUUUCCUGCCAAAACAGCCAAUGUCUCCCAGGCAGAGACUACUGACUCCAAGUUCACUGAGGACGAGUAUCAAGAGUACCUACGCCUCAAAUCCAACAGCUUGGCACAGUCAUCUCAAGCUCCAAGUACAUCAACUGUUUGCAUCUCCCAAUCCAUGGAAGGUCACAAUUCAUGGGUAAUUGACUCUGGUGCUUCUGAUCACAUUUCUGGAGCGUGGCUCGGGGAGACGGAUUGGAGAAGGAUAUGAAGCGGGCGGAUUAUACCAUUUUGGAUCUCGUCCACGUGUGUCAUGUGUUGCAGCCCCCAAUCCUAAAAUGUUACAUGAUCGGCUUGGUCACCCUCACCUGUCCAAGUUAAAGAAAAUGUUUCC